AUGAAUGAUUACACAGAAAUACUCAAACCUAAAAUCAUACCUCAACCAUCUUCCAAGAAUGAUUCAAUUCCAGCACCACCAGGAUAUAGCGAAUCUACAACAACAACAACAACAUCUAAGACCACAACUUCGGUAAAGAAAUCUAAACAAGAUGAAGCUGAAUUGAAUUCAUUAAAAUCCAAGAAAAUUUGGGAAUUAGCUAUUGCACCAGCUAAAUCGGUUCCAAUGAAUUUAUUUAUGAGUUAUAUGACUGGGAAUUCAUUACAAAUUAUUCCAGUAACGAUGACAUUAAUGUUACUUUGGAAUCCUAUCAAGUCAAUCUUCAAUGAUACAAACCGUACUUUUUCUAAAUUAACAACUAAGAAUAAUACUACUGAAAUAAUCCAAGCUAAAUUGAUAUUUAUAAUUUGUCAACUACUUAAUAUGGCAAUUGGGGUUUAUAAAUUAUACAAAAUGGGGCUUAUACCUCAUCAAGAAGCAGAUUGGCUAGCAUGGAAAGAACCAAAAGAAUUUAUAGAAAAAUUAUACUAUUGA